UCAUAUCCCGGAGCAGAUGCGUUUCGCAACAGCAGCGCAGCAACACUUCUGAGCUUCCUAUCAUGAGAGACUUCACUUCUGCUGCUUUAUGGAUGAGCGCUUGGCAGCUACAGAUAAUAACUGAAGACCAUGAGAGUGUGGCGGAGGUUUAACCUCAGCGGUGAUGAAGAUCAGGCUCACGUUUUCCUGUUAAAUGUGUCAGUUUGUUGGGGAUCUACAGUCUAGCACAGGAUCAUUAAUUGGCCUAAUAAUGCAGACCUCCCUGUUCAUUAUGGUUGUAGUUCUCUAUUCACUGUGUGAAGCCUCUUCCACACCCGGCCGGGAAAUAUGUGAUGUUUUUCCAAAGAACCAGCUGGUGAAACACGGGUCGGAUGUUGUGAUCUCGUUCAGAGCCCCUGUCCACAGUGUGUGCCAUAAUAAGACUGGCUUUGAUCCCAGCCGAGUGUCCUGGAAGCUGAACAAUAGAAUGAUAGCAGAUGGUUACUAUAACAUGACGGACGACUCCACCUUCUCUGUGUCCAUCCCGAAUUUUUCUUUGGCCACUGGAACAGUGGAAUUUCUUAUGGAUGGACACGUGUUAAGUGGGACCCUCAUACGGACAUACUCGAUUCCCCAGAACAUCUCAUGUAUUGGAAAUCUAUCUGGCAGUUUGAACUGCACAUGGGAUCACGACCAGUACACCACGAACACAAGCUACGAAGUCGUUCUCGAACUAUACGAUGUGAUAUCUAGAAAAUGUCUCGACAAGAAAUUCUGCCGGUCUAAAGGAAAAUCGUGUAAAAUAGAAGAGAUCAAUUUUAAGGAUACACAAAUGUUUAUAACUGUAAUUGCUGAGACUCCAGCUGUAAAAGCUACAUCUGCUGAAGUUACCUAUGACAGUUUAUUUGCAACAGUUAAGUUAAAUCCACCAGAAAAACUCACAGUGGAACCUGAGCUGAAUGGCCUCAUGGUGAAGUGGUACAGUCAGAUGACAUCAGAAGUCUCCUUUGAAGUGCGGUUGCUUGCAGCAGGUUCUGAGCCUGUGGUGAAAAAUGUGAAUUAUUCUCAAGAGACUACUAUUAAAUUAUCUGAAAUAAAGGAGUGUACCAAUUACUCCAUCUCAGUGCGCUGCAAGCUUGGAGUAUGGAGUGAAUGGAGCCAGAAUGUAACUCAUCUUAGUUACCUCAAUGUCAGUAAUGUACAGAUCAAUUUAUGGAGGUCCAGAAGUGUGGCAGAUGGCAAGGGUAAAAGAAGGGUACACCUCAUGUGGAAGGGAAUUCCUCCGUCAUGUAAAGCAUUUGAUGAGUAUCGUCUCUUUUACCGGAGGAGUCACAUCAAAACAUUGUAUUUUAGCUUGUACAAAAAUCAUACCUUUAUUUAUUUAGAUGAAAACAUGCACACAAUCACUGUGGCAGCAUUUCGCAAUAACACAAGCCUCGCUGAAGCAUCCAUUAAUAUUCCUUCCACAGAAGAUGAUUUAACUUUACCUCCACUAAAUAAUGUCAGAAUGUCUGCCGGGGGCGGUCAAAUCUACGUCACCUGGGACAAACCCAACCUCACCGUCAGCGGCUACAUAAUUGUGUGGAACAGUACUGAACAGAACCACAUGUGGCAACAUACUGAAGAAACACAUUUCUCUCUAAAAGGUCAAAACUUCACCCUCUACACCAUAUAUCUGACAGCACUGUAUAAAAACAGCCCUGUGGGUGAAAUGAGACUUCACGCUUAUGCUCAAGAAAAAGCUCCAGCAGCAGUGUUGAAUAUCCGGGCAGAGGAUAUUCGUGACAGAAAGGUAGAGAUUCACUGGCGGCCGAUAUCACCCACUGAGUGCUGUGCGUUUGUUGUGAACUACACAGUGUUUUAUAAAGCGCAGCACGAGACGGGAUUCAGAAAUGUGAGUGUGGAUAAAAAUCAGCACAGUGUAAUGUUGGAUAACCUGAAACCCAGCACGACGUACAGUGUUUAUGUCCAGGCCAAUGCAGCGGCUGCUUCUUCAAAGAGUAACCAUUACACAUUCUCAACAAAGACUUAUGGUGAGGACUAUCUUAUUGGGCUGAUUAUGUGCGGUAUUGGUCUGAUACUGCUGCCAGUCUUUGUUGUUUUCAUCAUAGUGCUACAAAAGAAAUAUGUGAGUGAGAAGUUUCCCAACCCUCGACUCAGUUCUCUUUCCAUGUGGUCCACACAGAAAUGUAAAAAUCCCUGGAACCAUCUAGCCAUGCCUUGGGACUGUGAGUCUGAGAAAAUUCUCAAAUGUCAAGUAGAAGCUGAGGACAGAGAUGUGGGUAAGCUGACAGCCCGAGCUGCAGACCACAGCUCCACAAUACAGGAAACGGCCAUGAUUACGACACCGACAGCAGCAGAGAAAGAAAACGCUGUUCUGGUCAGACCUAAUGUAUUAGAACUCGCAUCUCAUGACAAGGAGGAAAAGAGGCAGCCUUUGCAACCAGUGGACCAUCAGACGUCACAAAAUCGCCCUGGUCUCCACACUCAAUCUCCUUACAGGAUCCAAAGUCCUGUGACCAGUCCUGUGGACUCUCCAAAGAGAACCUUCAGAGGAACUGCUAAACCUCGUUCUUCGGAAACAGAGAUGCUGCUGAAACCGAAGUCCCAGAAUACAGCUUUACCUACAACAUACGUCACCGUGGACAUGUUUGAAAAGGUUAAAAGGUCAACAAAGUGAGGAGUGCAAGGAAUUAUAUGAUUGACAGAAAAAAAGGACAGUGUGCCACUGUGCCCCUUGCUGUAACAGUAAAAAAAACAGUACUGUCUAAUUAACCUGCUUUGCUUCUUCUGAAAGCUACACCGCUGUUACAAAUCUGUGGCAUGAAGCACUGCAGUAGAUGCACUGAAACAUACUUUAAUCAUAAAAUCGUAAAAAAAAAAAAAAGGUUGGGACCAAAAACAUUUACUUUGGCCUCAGGUUUUUUGCAGACAGUUUGAACCCAAUAUGUUUUGUUUUGUCUGUAUAACUUCAUUUAAUUUAUUAACAUACAGCUCUAGAAAAAAAAAUAAGAGACCACUUAUAUCCACUUAUAUCAUAUAAUCAAGAGGAAGAUGGAUGAUCACAAGCCAUCAAACCAAGCUGAACUGCUUGAAUUUUUGCAGCAGGAGUAAAGGCAUACAUUAUUCCAAAGCAGUGUGUAAGACUGGUGGAGGAGAACAUGCCAAGAUACAUGAAAACUGUGAAUAAAAACAAGGGUUAUUCCACCAAAUAUUGAUUUCUGGACUCUUUAAACUUUGAAAGCUCUGCAUCUUUUUUUGUUGUUAUUUCAGCCAUUUCUUUUUUUCUGCAAAUAAAUUUGGAAUUUGGGAGAAAUGUUGUCCAUAGUUUAUAGAAUAAAACAAUGUUCAUUUAACUCAAACAUAUACCUAUAAACAGCAAAAUCAGACAAACUGAUUCAGAAACUGAAGUGGUCUUUUUUUUUCAGAGCUGUAUGUCUGUUUCUGCAUUUUGGGCCUUCAACACAACAGUAUGAACAACAUUGCUGUUCCCGUAAAUGGCCUGCUCUUGCAACUUAACAGUGUGAGCACGCAGGUCAGUUUCCUCUGUGAAAUUUGUCACACAAACAUGAAACAUCUUGAUCAUAUCGUCUAUUCUAAUUUGGGGUUAUAUACUUCAUGGCUGAUGGCUUUAUUGCUCCAUAUUGUGUCUGUCUCAAAGGACGUGGUGUAGAAGAUUAAAGGAAACACAAGAAUGGAAAGAAUGUUGGUUUUGAUUAAUAAGGUU